AUGGGUACAGGCGAUGGAGAAACGAAACUUCAACGAAUCAAGAAAGGCGAUGUACCUGGUAGAGAUGGUUUGGUAGUACAACUGGACGAAGUGACGCAGCUCAUGAGCGGCCAGUCGGUUCAGUUCAGCCAGAAGAAUUACGUAGUCCAGGUGUCUGAGGCGGCCGCCCCGGGCACCAUACUUCUACUACAGGCAGUUUCUCCCCAUGAGGAGGCGGCCGUGCUCUACAAGCUUGUGAGCGACAGCGCUUCCCCUCUUUUUCGAGUGGACCCUCAGUCAGGCGCCCUGCAGCUGCUUGGUCCCCUCGACUUCGAGUACCAAACUCAGCACAACCUGACGGUGAUAGCAACGAGCAAGGAUGAGAUCGGCAGCAACGAAGCUCACGUGACAGUCGAGGUGCUUGACGCCAACGAUCACUCGCCAGUCUUCGCCGUCCAGCGACAUGAGGCGCAAAUAACUGAAGAAGAUAACCACAACUUGCCCAGGCCCGUAUUUACGGUCACAGCUACUGAUGGAGACAAGGGAGAGUGGGGAGUGCUGCGGUAUUCUAUUUCUGGGGACGGUACCGCAGCUUCUGAUAACUUCCCAAGCUCCGAUCAUUUCCCCGGCAUGAAGAUCUCAGCCGCAUCCUCCUCGAUCGAAUAUGGCCCCAAGCGACGAGGAAAAAUGCACCGUGACGGAGCCGCACAGCAUAAACCGAAUACCGAGCGCAGAGUUGCGACUUUGUUUAUGAAGAACGAAGGACAUUACCGGUCGCCACCUCUCCUGGAUCCAGGAGGUGUAGCAGUGAAUGGUGCCAAUGCAUCCAUAGCGAGUCAUCAAAUAGAUCUAAAUAGCCAUAUACUAGCUGUAAAUAGUGACUCAAGUGCAAUAAACAGAACGAAUAUAGCUGGAAAGGUCCGGUUUUCUACUUAUAAUAUCCCAGAAUCAGCCGUACACAAUUCUAAUAGAGUUGUAGAAGGCCUUUCUAAGACAUUGCAUAACACAGUCCCCAGUGAAGGCAAUCAUAACUUUUCUUCUAUAGAUCCAGAUUUACUUUCGGAAAAUGAACAUUUUCAUGACACUCAUUCAUCGAAGAAGAGAAAAGAAGCUGCCUUCAUAAUUGAUCCGGUCACAGGCACCAUAAACGUCAUGCAGCCCCUAGAUCGCGACCCGCCUCACGGGCGUGCAACGUGGCGCUUGGUGGUGACCGCGUCAGACGGGGAGCUGCAAGCCGACACCGAAGUUGUGGUCAACCUCAAAGACAUUAACGACAACGCACCCGUGUUUCUUACUGCACGUGUCGAGGCUACGGUUAUUGAGAACUCUCCUAGCGGCACGCCUGUAGUCACGAUAACAGCCGAAGACUUCGACGACAAGAACGAAGGGUCCAAUUCUAAGCUGAUUUACUCGCUGCAAAAGAAUGCUGUGGACGAAGAAACUGGCCUGGCAAUUUUCACCGUCAAUGCUUCGACAGGCAGCAUCAGCACAGCCAUGUGUUGUCUGGACAGAGAACGUGCGAGUCAUUACAGCCUAACUGUUGCUGCUACAGAUGGAGGUGGAUUGCAAGGCUCCUGUGAAGUUUUGGUGUUAGUGGCGGAUGAGAACGACGUUCCUCCGCGGUGGGGGCGAGCGGAGUGGACAGUCGAGGUUACCGAGGGCGCGCCCCUCGACCAGGUUCUCGCAACCCUCACUGUUAAGGACCCCGACACCCGCAACAGUUUGGCCUACAGGGUAGCUCCGGAUAGUGGGAGGGGCUGGCAGAUGGUGAAAAUAGAAGGGCGAACAGCUGGUGAUGGCGCUGAGCUCAGGAGUCUGGUUCCUCUUGAUUAUGAAAACCCUGACCUAAAGGACGGCUUGAGAUUCCAAGUUCAAGUCACCGAUCAGGGAACGGAUGCAUGGGAGAACAAGUACAGGGUGGGCGAAGCGACCGUCAUAGUGCGCAUAUUAGACGUUAACGACAACGCUCCUUCAUUCGAAAAUGUACAGCAAAGCGUGCGGAUCAGCGAAGACGCGCAUCUUGGAACGGUGGUGGCAAAAGUGCCUGCCUUCGAUCUGGACGAGAACAGGAAUGGCUUGGUUCGCUACAGCCUCGCUGGUAGGAGAGGAUCGAGUCCUCACUUCGGCAUCGACCACACAGGGACCAUCAGGACCAUCGGCCUAGUGGACAGAGAGGCCAUCAGCAAGCACAGCCUAGUGGUUCAUGCCACUGACCACGGAGUGCCGCCACGCCAGUCGUCCGCUACUGUAACUGUUGAAAUCGACGACGUGAACGACAACGCCCCCAUCUUCACGGGUCCCACGUACGUGAACGUGCACAGAAAAAACAUCGAUGGCUUCACGAGUUUUUUUAACCUGACCGACCCCGACGACUGGAGUGUUGGCCAUGGACCUCCUUUUUCCGCCCAGCUUGAUCCAAGGGCUCCCAGCUUCAUAAGAAAGGCCGUCAGUGUCACCUAUAAGAGAGACUCCGCGGGCGGCGUAGGCAGCAUAAAAAUAAAGCGCCGCCUCGACAUGGACGCGCCGGCGUCGUUGGUGGUGCCGGUGCUGACAGUUGACGGGGGGCGGCCCGCCAUGACAGGCACCGUGUCCCUCACCAUCGCCGUCGUCAGCGAGGACAGCCCCAUAGCUGUCAGGGACGUCACUCUUGUUGUUCUCAACUCUGAGAUGGAAAUCGGACAAGCCAUUCCUCUAGGCUCAGUUUCCUCAAAAGAGUCUAAAGCAGAAUAUUCUUGGUCGAGGUCCCACAAGUAUUUUGUGCUGGACAAAAGAUCAGGAAACUUGUUUGCUGAAGCUGCUACUCCUUCUGGCAGCUACGGUCUGAGCAUCGCUAUUUAUGAGCCGCCUGCGCCUGACGUGCAGGCGAGCCUCAACGUGGCCGUGGGGCGGCAGGCGAGGCACCAGGCGCUCCACAGCACGCCUAUAGAUGUCGCGGCUAAACCCGCGGCGUUGAUCGACACCACGCAGACUGGCACUUCACUUCUCAAUGCACUCGAGGUGACUCUCACUCGACUAAGAUGGCGCGCAAGUCACGGAUUCUCUUUGAAUUUGACAGCCGCUGAAUUUUUGACUCAUGAACCCAGGACUCCCUCGGUUAAAGUUGUAUCGCUAGAAGGAAUCCGACAAAACUCAGACGAACAUGUCUCCAGAGUCUGGCUCGCAGACUCUACCAAAACGUCUUUAGAAUUGUUUGUCGCUUUGAAUAAAGCACAGAUAGAAGAGCACCUCGGGCUGAGCAUUCUGGGGUCUGGGAUGAGCAGAGCAGGCACUCUAGACUGCGGCAGGUCUUGCGAAUGUUGCUGCAGUCCCCGCACGGUCUUGUCUGAAGGCUACUCAAUAACUCAGACUCUGACUGCCACCUUUGUCGGUCCGAUCCUGAGCCUAGACUCCAAUUGCAAAUGCAUAAGUAAUUCGACGGCCAGUGAAGUGAACCCAACAUUGGACGAUCAGAUUGGCGGAACAUCAGGUUUAUCUCCCAGGCUUGCAGGCGAGCAAUCCUUGAACGAUCAAAGGCAAGAAGGGGCGGCGACCCGAGCGCCUUAUGCUCACGCUAUGAGGAACAAGCGCGUCAACGGAAAACUUGUUGAUUGCAAUGAAAAUACCUGCCUUAAUGGAGGCAAGUGCCUGCCUUCAGCUCCUGGAUACAAGUGCGUCUGCCCGGACCACACGAUUGGGCCUCGUUGCAAAAUCCUGACUCGGCACUUUGCCGGGAGCGAUGCGAGAGGCUCUGGGUCAUGGCUUUGGCUUCGACCUUUAAACCCUUGCUCAAAACUUCAGCUACGCUUCUUUUUACUCACCGACUCAAAGAAUGGAACCGUACUCUCCAGUGUUGAGAAACAGGGAAAUAGGAGAGUGGGUCUGGUACUUCAACUAACAGAAGGAAAGCCGCUUUUUCGUUUGUCCCUCAACUCGGCCGCUGUUGACGUGAGCGUCAAUACUUCUCUAGCAGACCUACGGUGGCAUCGUGUGGACAUUUUCUGGCGAAAUAAGACAGUUGAGAUGAUCAUCGACAACUGCGUAGGACAGCCCCCUGAAAAUACAACAGAAGAAGACCGCGGUCCCGGCCUAGAAGAAGACCGCGGUCCCGGCCUAGAAGAAGACCGCGGGCCCGGCCUGGCCAAACAAUUCUACUGCAGAAAUGCUGUGCACGCGCAAGAUUUGACUGGACAACUCAACACAAGAGGCGCGCCUUUGCAACUCGGAGCCAUGGACGCAAGUUCCAGUGAUGCAUUGCACGAGAAUAAUGGUGAUAAACAAUCCUACUUCAAAGGAUGUCUCAGGAAUAUACGACUCAAUGGAGAGCUUAUAGCCACGAGCGCCGCAUGUCCUCUCAGGUUCGGCAACGUCCUGGAGCUGACAGCAGACGACGGCGACAGGGAGCUCCAGAGGCUGUCACAGGAGGAAGAAAUGUCAUCACUCGCCGCUCCUAUGCAGUGGCGGGAUGAACAUUUGUGGGGAGCGGAUGCUCCUCAUCCUGGCGGUAAAUCUCCCAGAUCCGUUGGCGAGAAGCCCGUCAUUCACACGAAUUUCAAAGAAGGCUGCCUGGACGACGUGCGUGUAAGCGGUCGACGGCUGCCGAUGCCCCCGGCCCUGAACGCCACCCGCUGGGGGGCCGUGGAGGCUGCGCUGGACCUGGCGUCGGGGUGCGUGCCACCUUCAGCCUGUGUCAACGUCACCUGCUCUCCGCCCUACAAAUGCCUGGAUACUUGGAAGCAGUUCAAGUGCGGCUGCGGCGAGGGCUUCCAGCUUAGUCCCGACGGCUCCUCCUGUCUGGAUGUGGACGAGUGUCGCUACGAGCCUUGCCUCAACUUCGCCUCGUGCUCAAACUCUGUGCCAGGCUACCACUGCUCCUGCACUAGCGGCUACGCAGGCCACAACUGUGAGCAGCAGGCCGGACCCUUGGCCUUCCCCCUAGGCGGCCUGCCUGUCCUGCUGGCCUUCACCUUCUCCCUCGCUACUGUCUUAGGUUUGCUGGCGAUUGCAGUGUCAACUUAUUUUUUAAGGCGCCGGAAACUCGAACUCAAGACAACGUCAGUCGACGGAACAGCAA